AGUGCUUCCUUCUUAUUCGUCGCCGACCUUCGCUCCAUUUGCUUCCCUUCUCCCCCGCCAUUGAUGAUUCCUUGCACGGUCAUUGUUUCUGAUUGAAAAUCGAGUGAAUUUUUUUAUUGAAUUUCUCUUCUUCAGCCAUUUCAUUCGAUGUACAUCUUUGAAUUUGAAGUGUAGUUGGUUGGAUUAAUGCAAGUAUUUUGUGUUUCGGAAGAGGAUCGAUGAGUAUAAUCAGUAAUCAAAGCCUCGAGGUCAUUGAUGUUUAAAGAGCGAUUGCAUUGGACAUUCCUGUGUUUGGAAGUAGAUCGAGGUUCCGAUUGAAGUCAAGGUGUGUCUCUGUGUUAAAUUCGUCGGCUCUGUCUAAACAUCCUUGCAAUUGAAGUGUGAUUGGAUUGAAUGCAUCUCUGUUGGGAAGAAGAACGAGGAUUAUUAAACAGAGGUGAGUAGGGAGAGACUGAAAUUGGAGGAGGAAGAAGAAAAAGGGUGAAGUUUCGAUGAGUGGAAUUUUCGAUCCGGUAGAAAAUGGAGCAGAAGUACCCGUAUGAUAAUGGAGUGAUGAUGACGAGAGACCCGAAACCAAGGCUGAGAUGGACUGCUGAUCUUCACGACCGUUUUGUAGACGCGGUCACCAAGCUUGGUGGGCCGGAAAAAGCAACUCCCAAGUCUGUGUUAAGAUUGAUGGGUUUAAAGGGCUUGACUUUGUACCACUUGAAGAGUCAUUUGCAGAAGUAUAGACUUGGACUGCAAACACGAAAGCAAAAUAUGGCUGAGCAAAGGAAUGAAAGUAGCGGGUCUCUUAGCAAUUUCAGCGGAGUAGAGGAAGAUGACAGAGGGAUGCAAAUUGCUGAGGCUCUAAAAUCACAUGUCGAAGUGCAGAAAACAAUACUAGAACAACUCGAGGUACAAAAUAAACUUCAAAUGAGAAUAGAGGCUCAAGGAAAAUACCUGCAAGAUAUCUUAGAGAAAGCACAAAAGAGUCUGGCACUUGCCAUUAACGGUAACCUUGGUAGUCUUGAAGGCACAGGAAUGCAGUUAAUAAACUUUGAUGCGGUUCUGUCAGAUCAAAUUGAAAAAUUUAAGAAACAAGAAAUGAGAGGAAGCAUAGCAAACGUAAUUGAUGGUAGUAAGAAGAACGGUGAUUCACUCAUCCAGAUAUGCAAAGUGGAGGCUGGAGAAGAAGACAUAAACGAGUUUAGUGUUGAAAAGAAUAUGAUCAACUUUGAUUUGAACUCCAAAGGUGGCUAUGAUUACAGUGCGAAUGCGGCUGAAGUACUUGACGCCAAAGUGCUUCCUUGUUCAAGGUAAUCAUCCAUGGGCGAGUGCAGUUCAUUUCUAGAUAAAGCUUUUACCUUCACCUAUUUCAAAGUUUGUCAAGCAACCAUUGAAGAAUAUGUAGUAAAAAUGUACCACUCCAGCCUGCUGUGCCAAGUCCCCAUUUGCAUUUGCCAAUUGCCUUUAUUCAUAUGAAUGAAGAAUUUCAGAAGGUUGAAAUACCAAUAUAAUUACUAUUCUUGGCCACCACUAAUGUAUGGUAUGCUAAUUUUCACCUUGUUUUUUGCCCCUUAUUUUUCUCUGGUUGUAAAAUAGACAAGUUUGGUUUGGUAAUGUUCUUGUUUUUCUUUCUUCAUUAUUUAUUGAAGUCUUUAUAUUUGUAUAAAAAUUCUUUUUCAAGGCUGUCUUUGAAGUUCUCUUACCUGAUAU